UUAUGAAUUGAGGUUAGAAAUUGAAGCUUAAAAUAAAAAUAAUUUAUUAUUAGACCAUGAAUAGCAUUUACUCUGAAUGAAAAACGAAUCAAAAUGGCCCUACUUGGUGCUCAACUUGUUAUUACUCUGAUAAUGGUGUCAGUGAUUCAAAAAUUAGGAAACUACUCGUUUGCCAGGUGGCUGUUAUGUUCACAAGGUUUAUAUAGAUAUUUGUAUCCAGACAAUAGUGAAUUGAAAACUUUGGCAGGGGUACCAAAAGACAAGCCAAAGGGUAAGAAAGGGGGUAAGCAUGAUUCCAAUGGGAAGCCAGAAACGUUUCACGUGCCCCGUAGUCUUGAUAUACAACUGGAAACGGCGCCGGUGACUCCACUAGAUGUAGUGCAUUUAAGGUUUUAUACAGAGUACCUGUGGAUUGUAGAUUUUUCUCUGUACACUAGUAUAGUAUACAUUAUGUCAGAGGUGUACACAUCAAUAUUUCCAUUGAAAGAUGAAUUCAAUUUGAGUAUGGUAUGGUGUUUCUUGGUGGUACUGUUUUCAUUAAAAAUUCUAUUAUCACUUACAAAACAGUAUUUCACAAGUGAGGAAUCAAUUGGCGAGAGAUCAACGUGUAUCGUGGCAUUCUGUAUAUUCCUACUGAUAGCUAUGAUGGUGUUAAUUGUGGAUGACAGUAACUUGGAGGUGGGAGUGGACCCCGCAUACGACAGCUUUUAUGAAAACGCGUCCAAGUUCUUGGAGAAUCAAGGGUUAUCAUCAGUAUACUAUGGUGAUAGCAAAGUGAAAGCAUUAUUGCUGAAUGCUAACUUUGCGAUGCCGUUCAUGUUGGUUUUACUGUGGGUCCGUCCUAUCACCAGGCAUUAUCUUACUGUCCGAGUGUUCAGCGGGAUGGAAAAACCGCUUAUGACAUCAGAUGCAUUCGACACCCUGCGACUAGUGUUACUGGUGUGUACAGUGGUGCUCCGACUUGGUCUGAUGCCGCGGCAGCUGCAGGCCUACCUCGACAUGGCGCAGCGGAGACUCGACCUGCAGAAGAAAGAGGCCGGCCGAAUCACGAACAUUGAUUUGCAGAAAAAGAUAGCAUCAGUGUUCUACUACUUGUGCGUGGUAGCACUGCAGUACAUAUGCCCCAUCGUAAUGUGUUUGUACAUGGCGCUCAUAUACAAAACCCUCGGAGGCUACUCCUGGACGGCGCUGUUCUAUGAACGCGAGGAGAUAUGCACAAUGGAAGACCAGGUGACUGCCAAGGACGGAGACACAGAUGGUGUGGACCAGUAUCAACUCGCUUGGGAGAAUUUGAAAAUGGUGUUCACGCAAGAAGUGCAUCGGGGAACGUUCGGAUUCGCGACGUGGUGGUGCUGCUUCGCCUGGUUCAUCACCACGUCACUGGGGCUCGGAUAUCAGACAUACUUCAGAAUCUCGUGAUGCUAAAACAUAGUUAUGUACUAAAUAAUCAAAUAGUAUUUUAUACUACGGCUUUAUUAAUUGCAAAGACAUUAUCUGCCUUUACACGGACGUGAGUGAUUACAUUUUACUAUAUUUUGUGUUCUCUCUUUCGCGAGUGAUAGUGUAUGUUCCAUACCAUUUCACUUUGUUUUGAAAUUUUAUUUCGUACUAGCUGACCCGCGUUACUUCAUCUG